AUGGCGACGCCGGGCGUACUGGAUAACGGGGCCGCGCGCGCCGCCGGUGGGUCCGAGGCUGACGGAGGGGCCCGCCCCGCCUCCAGGAGCGGUGGCAAGCGGAGGAGCGCGUACCUCGUGGAGUACGCGCCGGCGUGGGGCUCCGCCGCGACGCGCGGCCGCCGCGCGGCGAUGGAGGACGCGAGCGCCGCCGUGCCGCGCUUCGCCGGGGUGCCGGUGCGGAUGCUCGCGGGCGCGCGGGAACUGGACAGGCACGGGAUCGGCGCCGCCGCCCUGAAGCUGCCCUUGCACCUGUUCGGCGUGUACGACGGGCACGGCGGCUCCGAGGUGGCGAACUACUGCGCGAACAGGAUGCACGUCGUGUUGAAGGAGGCGCUGGGCCGAGCCGCGAGGGCCGGGCUAGAGGAAUCGGGGGAGCUGCUGGACAUCACGGAGCUCUGGCAGAAGGUUUUUGGCGGUUGCUUCCAGAGGGUAGACGACGAGGUGUCGGGGCAGGCCAGCAGGCUCUGCGGCGGCGUCAGUAGCGAGGCCCAGUGCAAGCCUGUUGCCGCCGGCGACGUCGGCUCCACUGCCGCCGUGGCGGUCGUCUGCUCCUCUCAUAUCAUCGUGGCCAACUGCGGAGACUCGCGCGUGGUGCUCAGCCGCGGGAAGGAGCCCGUGCCUCUGUCCGAUGAUCACAAACCUGAUAGGGAAGAUGAGCGCGCAAGGAUUGAGGCUGCAGGAGGGAGGGUCAUCGACUGGAAUGGUCAUCGAGUCUCUGGUGUCCUUGCUAUGUCACGGUCAAUCGGAGAUGGGUAUGGAACAUUUCUCAUUCCAACGCCAGAAGUCAAAGUUAUUCCUCGGGCAAGAGACGAUGACUGCCUCAUUAUAGCAACCGAUGGGCUGUGGGAUGUCAUCUCAAAUGCGGAAGCAUGCAAAGUUGCUCGCGUACAGAUCCUUCAGUGGCACAGGAAAAAUAAUGGUGUAUGUUCUGACGAAGGCGGUGUGCCAACAAUAAGCCACCCAGCUGCGCAAGCAGCUGCGAAUUAUCUUCUGAAGCUGGCCCUGUUGAAAGGGAGCGCGGACAACAUCACUGUCACUGUGAUCGACCUGAAACUGCGGAAGAAGAUCAAGGACAAGUCCAUAUGUUUCGUCUGA